GCUCAAGCAAGACGUUCAAAACCGUACAGAAGCUAUUGACUGGGUCUAUCUGCAUCUGAGACACGGCGGCAAAGGCUUCCGAGGCGGACACAACGCUCAACUGCCCGCAUCUAGUCCAGGUGCCUGCUAUGACCCUUUCCAUCUGCCGGCCACGUAUUUUGCACUGCAACUGUUGCUCACCUUGGGCGAUGACCUCUCACUUCUGGACGCUAGUGUUCUGAUGUCUGAGGUCGCCGCUUUGCAGCUCGCUGAUGGUUCCUUUCCAUCAGCACAAGGCAACCUUGACGCAGACACAAGAUUCACAUACAUGGCCUUUGCAAUUCGCUAUAUCCUUCAACAUCUCGUUAAGGAGCCUUCCACAAUAGACUUCGAUACUGAAAAAGCUCUCCUGUUCGUCAGCCACUGUCGCAACUAUGACGGUGGUUUUGGAGGCUCUCCAGGCGCAGAAUCACAUGCCGGUCUGACAUGGUGUGCACUUGCCGCCAUUCAUCUGCAUGAACCGCACAGACCAAUAGCACAAGACCCAUCCUACACACAGACGAUUCAUUGGCUCCUUCAAAGACAAAAUGCCGAUGGCGGAUUCAAUGGCCGUUUCGGCAAAGUCAGUGAUGUGUGUUACUGCUUCUGGGUCACUGCGAGCUGUUGCAUCCUUGGCGUUGCAGACUUGCUAGACCAAGAUGCACUCGACGCGUACCUCGAAACGUGUCAGACUCCCUAUGGCGGGUUUGGGAAAGCAAUUGGACAGCCACCGGAUCUGUACCAUGCGUAUCUCGGG